CACAUUGCACCUUUCUUCCUGUCACAUCAAUGGAUUAUCCCAGUAAAUGUGAAUGCACAUAACCAUUAGGCUCAUCACGCACGUACGAAAAUAAGACUCUGACAUGUCCCUUCUAUUUGCUUACAGUUGAUGAAUCCAGCGGGUGCCAUUUGCCUAGUCCCCGGGGAUUUAGUUAUGCCUACGCACGUCUGACGGGCUAUUUGGACACAUGCAGAGCUGAAGGCGUGAGUUUAUCCCUCCAGACAUAUCGCUGUUUGCAUGCACAGUCACUCGCAGGGGAAGCGUAAUCAAGAAAAGUCGCUGAAGGAAACCGCCGCCGUAGUACUUAGCCACAGAGAUCAAUCGAGCGUUUUAGUGAAAGCCACGCAGACAAUCGUAGACUCUGCUCCUAUAAGAAGAAUCUGCUAGAAAGGCAGCAUCUUGUCGUGCUUUAAGCAGACUCGUUACGUAGGGCAGAAUCUUAAAGACGCUUGCUGUGCUUUGAAUAGACUUGUAGGACUCAGAAGAAUUUUUAGCUAGCCAGGAUAGAAGUCUGCAGCUAUGGAGAACGUUACCGUCCCUGAGACCUAUCCCACGCCUGUCACUGUCGUGGUGAGUAUGGUUGUUGUAGUCAUCAUUGUCUUCAUAGUGGCGGGGAAUGUCUUGGUGUUUGUGGCGUGUUUCACAGCCACAAGUCUCCGCACCAUACAGAACUGGUUCCUGCUGUCGCUAGCCGCCAGCGAUCUUCUGGUGGCCAGUACAAUCAUGCCGUUUACGCUGGUCAAAGAACUGUUAGGUUACUGGAGUUUCGGAGAGAUUUGGUGCGAAGGAUGGCUCGCCCUAGACGUGCUUGCGUGCACUGCGUCUAUCUGUAAUCUGUGUAUGAUUAGUUUUGAUCGCUAUUGGUCGGUUGUGGAUAUCCAGUACGCUAGGACCAGGAGCGCGAAGCGUGUCGGUGGGAUGAUAGCGGCGGUGUGGAUCAUCUCGCUAGCCGUAAGCGUCCCUCCCCUCAUCGGGUGGCGCGACCCGUCCGAGCACAUGGACACCUACCCCGUCUGCAAUCUGCGCAAGCUGCCCGAAUACGUCCUGUUCUCCGUCUCCGCCUCCUUCUACAUCCCGCUAGUUGUCUUAAUCGUCGUCUACUCGCGAAUCCUCUACCUGACCAGAAAGCAGUUCCGUAAGUCCCUAUCCCUUACCUCUACUCCUAGACCCACAUCGACUACCUCGAAGAUAAACGCCUCCCAAAUUACAUGCAGGACUUUAGACGAUCCACUAAGUCCCUCGCCGAUCGUCAGUCAUAGAGCAGCGGCAAAGGCACUGAACAACUCGUCCAAAAACAACAACACAUUCCCUUUCCCUACCAUAAAACUCCAACUGCGCUCAUCCGUGGCUAAAAACAACAUCUCUGUCGAGGUGGUUACCGGGACUGAGGACCAUGGUCGGAAUGUCGAGCAAAAAAGUGCCCCAACCAGCCGGGCUACGCUCAGUCCACCGCCACAGUUCGAAGUGAGAGCGGAGAGUAGCGGACCAUGCGUGUUCACCGGUGACUUGGCUAAAACCAUCACCCCCCUCCCCACCCCGGACACUAGCCCCCGCAGUGCAGCCAGUAAUAGGAGCAUCUGCCAUGCCAUCCAACAGAAAACAUGUAGCAGGAAGGAGAGACGAGUGACGCGAAUCAUCGGCAUGGUCAUGACGGCGUUCGUGGUGUGCUGGUUCCCGUUUUUCGUGUGCUACCCUGUCAUGGUGUUGUGUCAAGACUGUGGUUUCCCCGAGUGGGCCUUUGACAUUGUGUUCUGGUUAGGGUACUGUAACAGUGGUCUGAAUCCUGUCAUCUACACAGUCUUUAAUGAAGAUUUCCGUAAAGCGUUUAAAAAGAUACUGUGUAAGUGGAGGGCAGCAAAGCCGUAGGUGUCUUCUUCUAUGUAAUUCAAAUUACAAUGUACUAGUUUAUGAUGCUUGUGAUUUCUGGGCCAGAUGAAAAUAUAUAUUGUUGUUGUUAUGAUUAUAAUAUCUAUUAAUAUUGUGAACCAUACGUUGGAAUUUUUUUCUGAAUGUAAAGAUAUAUGUAACUAUCAUAUCAGAGAAUUAUGUUGCAAAUUUUAUUGUUUUUACCGAAAUGUACCCCAAUUGGGUACGGAAUUGUUCAGGUUCCUUUGGUAGUGUGUGCGGUAUGGCCAUGGAAAAUGUGACUUAUAUGAUACGCUUUCCAUAAGUGUCUGUUCCGUUCAAAUGAAAGACGUACUGUGAAAAGAAA